AAAAUGUUCAGAUUCAAACCAGUUCAAAUCUUAUCGCGCUCCUUCUCUUCUACUGCAAGAAGACAAAUUGCAACUGAUAUCAACAACGGAGCCCUGGGCCAAAAGAUGUGGCCCCUGACCAAGUACGUGGUUCAAAACUAUAGUCGAGAAUUGGUUAAGUCCGCACAAUGGAUUGUUAUAUUGGGUUCAAUUAUGAUUGCUUGGCCGGUUGCUAUUCGUAAAUACUUUGACAUUUCUCACAAUGUCCCCAAGGACAAAGGUGCUCAAGUUAAAUUGGUAUACAAGGGAUUGAAGUCGACCCCGGUGGUUGAAAUUGCUCAUACUAAUGCUGAGUUCAAGGGCGGGAGAUCUGCCGAGUAGGUUCAUUCAGGAUUAUGUUUUACUAUAUCCCUUUUGAACUUACUCGUUGUUGUCAAAUGUAUACGGAUAUUGGUAUACACAAAAUUGAAUAAAUAAUUCAUAUAUAUAUUUAAAUACACACACUUUCUUAUAAUGAGAAAAUGUCAUAGAGGGUUUUUAUUCUAUUAAAUUUACCAAUGUUGUUAAUCUCCCUGUUUUGCAAACCAAGCAAGGUUUUUAAUUCUGAUUCUAACAACAAUUCUUCUUCGUGUCCUUGAACAUCUUCACGCUCACAUUUUUCCAACAAGAUUUUGUGAUCGGCUUUAAAAUCUUGAACAUUGUUAAUGAUUUCCGCCAUGGAGUAAAUCAACGAAUUCAAAAGAAAUUUAUUGCUAGGCCAUUCUUUAAACCUGAAUAAAAAGAAUGUUUUUGAUGCAGCUCUAUCAGCGCUUCUUGGUACUUCUUGGAUUUCCACGAAAUUGGCUUUAACUAAUUGAUAUAUUUCAUUACGAACAGUCUUUUCUUUUAAUAAAACCGCAUUGGAAAUAGUCUUCUCAUCAGAAAGUUUCAUUGAUUUCAAGCAUCUCAAGAUUCUGAAUGCAUCUUGACCAAGUGUGGUUUUGAUCAAUGAUUCAAAGUUGUAUUGUUUGAUUUGCUUGGUUAAAUAUGCAUAUGGUACACUGAAAGUACCGGGUGAGAUUUCAUUAAGAAAUUGAAUGGCUGUACCCGAGGUUAAUAACUUAAGAUGAUGUUGAAUUAAUGUCAAUGAAUGAGGGUCUGAAUUGUCAGUGAAUGCAUUGCCAUUACCAACAUCUGAACUUUCCCCUUCAUUCUUGAUAGUGACUGAUUGGUCAUUUUCAAGCUUGACUUUUUUAGUAGCUUCCUCUUCAGAAUCUUCCAAAGGUCUUUUCUUGAGUUGUGGUUUUAAGAAAUUAUGAGUUAAUAUGGAAUUUCUCAAGUCAAUAUCAUCAGAUAGAGUUCUCAUGACAUCGCGAAUAUUAAACACAAUCUUUCUUUCAUCAACCAACUUAUUCUCAAUCGAGUUUAUGAAAAACUUUUCUUCUUCAGGAUCAUUAAUUAAUCCUGAAAUUUCCAAAAAUGGAUGUCGUAAUUCAGGACUAUUUUGUUCCACCACUUUUAAGGCUGCUUCAUAAACUUUUGCAGUCAACAAUCCAAUUCUUGAUUUUGCAAAAUUAACCAACGAAUUUGUUCUUAAAUGUUUUUGAAAUCGGGAGACAUUGAACGUAACUAUGAUAUGAGGUUGUAGUUUUUUGAUCCCAUCUUUUGAAUCAUACAAGUCUUGUGGUGAUUGUCCUGAUUCUAACAAUGUAGUCAACUUAGCCUUUGCUUUUUCUUUAGCUUCCGCAACCCGUUUGAUUUCUGAAGUAGUAGUGGUUCUAGGGGUGUUUGUCAAGCACUCUUGAAAUACCUCCUGCCAAAUGUCGUCAAUAGGGCUGAAAUUGAAUGGCUGUAACCU